GUAUCUAUUAUUUUAAAUAUUAAAAAUGCAAUAAGAACAACCUAAAGAAAUGGCUUAAGUAGUUUCAAUGGCAGAGAACGCAUAAUUUUUCAGAUUAAUUUAGAAUUCCAGAAAUAAGGUUUUUUAAGGGACUGUAAAACUGGCAUAAUUUUAAGAUUCAAAAACUCAUUUCAUUACAAUAGAGAGAUUCUGUCAGAAUAUUGUUCCUGGAACUCCUUUUGUAUAUAUAUAGUCUGAAUCUGGAUUGACACUUAUAUUUCCUCAUAUAGACUAAGGUAAAUCGAAAAAACUACAAUAUGUUUUAGGUUUAAAUGGAAUCUUUAUUCCACAAAGUGACUUAUUGAAUGUAUUCCACACAGCCUUAAACACUGUAGUUUCUAUGGUACCAUUUGAGUAAGCUAUGUAAAUACAGCAAUUCAAAGACACAAUUGAACUUCAUUGCAAAGACAUUGCUACUAACCCUUUAGAUAAUCCUAAUGAUGCUGCCUCGUAUAUUACAAAAGGAGGAGAGUAAAUUGAUUAAUUUUAUUCAUUAGCUAUCUGAAAAAAGGAUUUAUGUUCUUGGGAACUAUGAUGGCAUCAGGAAUAAAUAAAGGAACUUAAUAUUUGAAUGAUAAAAUAUAACCAGGUUAAGAAGUUUAAGUUGAUCCUAAUACAAAGACUAAAUUUUAAACUACAAAAGAGAAAGUUAGUGAAGUUUUUGAUGUAACAGGACAGUAUCUAGGAUAAUUGUUUAAACCAGUAGCAGAGAAAACAAAAGAAUUAACAAAUGAACUUGGAUAGAAAAUUGAUAAUUCAGAUAGCAAGAGUAAAUAUGAUGUUAAUGAUAUUUUAUAGUUUUGAAGUAAAGUAAAUAAUUAACAUCAGCUACUUGGGAUGCAGCAGGAACAGCACUUUCAGGAUUAGGAACAGCAUUAUGUUAAGUUGGAAGUUCUAUUGGAAAUGGAACAAAACAAAUAGUUUAAAAGAAAUAUGGAACAGAAGUUGUUAAUACUUAUUUAGGUGGUGAACAGUAAUAGUAGUAAGUACAACAAUAAUAACAACAACAAUAAUAAUAGUUGGAUCAAUAUCAACCAUUAAUUGAAGAAUAACCAGCACCAUCUUCAUGAAAAAUAUCAUAUAAUUAU